UCCUGCCGCGAAAGCUCGGACUCACGAGGGAUCUUUGUUUUGUUCCAGUGCACUCCGAUUCUCGCUAUUUUCACCCCUCCCAAUGCUCUCCUUUCUCUCGCUAUCAUUGCGUCAUUGUUUUGAAUGGAACUUCCUUCCCAUCUUAUGUUACCACUGUUAGGAGGGAAACUGGCAUUUCAUCUCCGUAAAGGGAGAGUAAAAUAGUGGAGGCGUGUGCUUCAUCAGCCAAUCGUAACGCUCGGUGGCCGCGAGACCGCACAUGUUUACAGGCAGCAUUCUGCCGGUAGAGGCACGGACACCAGUGAAACCUCUGCGGAAUGGAUUUCACUUGCAGAAUCCGGAGUUGAUCAGCUUUGAGAUCGCAUCGUAUUUUCUCCGUGAAACUUGCUUUUGUUGAUUAUUACGUUACAAAGACACAUUUUGCAACUCUUUUUUGUCAUUGCAAUUGUUUCGGUUUGUUAUUCGGUGUUAAGAUGGCCCUUCGCUCCGAAAAAUAAUGAAAUCCUUUCCGUGAUUUUCCUGCUACUAGCGAGCUUAAGGGAACGGCUACAGGAAAACAAACAGGUCGAAUGAAGAAAGAUCGGUGGCCGGUCGAAUGAAGAGGUUGACAGGGUGUGUGGAGUUCUGCACUGCAAGCGUUCGAAGGCUGCGUUUUUAUAUUGUUUUUACAUUUGGUAGCUAGCAACGCUUUCGACUUGAUCUUCUGCAAUUACGUUUUAUUUGAAGUUGGAGCGAACCUAAUCGCUAGCUUGCAAGCUAUGUUAUCACUCGCCAACGUUCACUUGGUGCUUUUAGAUCAUAGUCCGUCUGCUGCAGGAUUUUGUUAUUUUGAUGCAUUGACUUGCGAUUUAAAAGUCGACGUUUUCGGCCGCCAUUGAAUAGUUAACGGUCCGUAUUUGAGGGAAACGUUAUGCAUUCUAGGCGUCUGGUGAAGCGUUCUAUCCUCGGGAGCCGAGUUUAUGCGCCUAGCCCGACGGGAGACGGGGCUGUGAUCACAGGAGUGGUGCAGGCUGUCAAACAGGAAAACAAGGAUGCUUCGACUGGACCUCGCCGAAACGUGUACACGGUGCUGAUGCAAGACGGAAGCCUGAAAGAGUAUUCCGAAGACGAGAUUGCAGUGGGCCCCGCUCAGAUGACUGCAAAAGGACCGCUGAAGUCUAGCUUGAAGCAGCAGAGCUCCUGCAAUGGUCGGGACCACCCGCCAGAUUCCCAAAAGGGCGAGGCCAACUGCCUGGCGCCGGAGCCGCCGGAGGACCCGCGGGGGCCCGACUGCAAGUCCGGGGACCACGCCCGCUCGGUGUCCCUGCUCGAGCAGAAGCGCAAAGUGGUCUCCUCCAGCAUCGACGUCCCGCACGCCAGGAAGUCUGAGGAGGAAGUGGACAUGGACAAGGUGACGGCGGCCAUGGUGCUCACCACCCUGUCCACCAGCCCGCUGGUCCGGAGCCCGCCCGUCAAAGUGAACGAGUGUCUGAACGGGUCCUGGAAGGACGGCGGCUUCACCCCGUCCAGCUACAGCAGCAGCGGGUACUGGAGCUGGAGCGCGCCCAGCGACCAGUCCAACCCCUCCACGCCGUCCCCGCCCCUCUCCGCCGACAGCUUCAAGCCCUUCCGCGUGCCCGGGCCGGCGGGCGCGGCCGACGACGUCAUCGACGAGCCGGACGGGAGCAGCCUGCUGUUCGACGAGCCCAUCCCCCGCAAGCGCAAGAACUCCAUGAAGGUGAUGUUCAAGUGCCUGUGGAAGAACUGUGGGAAGGUCCUCAGCACGGCCGCAGGGAUCCAGAGGCACAUCCGAACCGUACACCUGGGGCGUAACUGCGAUUCGGAGUGCAGCGACGGUGAGGAGGACUUCUACUACACGGAGAUCAAGCUGAACACCGACUCGGUGGCCGACGGGCUCAGCAGCCUGUCCCCCGUGUCCCCGUCGGUGCUGUCCCCCCCUCCGCCGCCGCCCCCCGACCCCAGGCACCCCGACGGCGGGGGCGGGGGCGGGGGCGGAGCCAAGGUCGAGAGCUCCACCACGCCCCUCAGCCGCUCCGCCCCCAGCACGCUCUACCUCGUCCACGCCGACCACGCCUACCAGGCGACUGCCCCGGUCACUAUCCCCAGCUCCACCAACUUCACCCCCAGCAGCUGCAGCAGCGUCAGCAUCUCCUGGCAGUCCCCUCCCGUCACCUUCACAGGUGCCUCUGCCUCGCCGACUCACAGUAAGCCCCAGAGUUUUGGGGAGCAGCGCCCGCAGUCCAUUGCAGUGCUCUCGUCACCCCCUCGAGCGUCUGGCUCGCUCAGGAAGUCCCGCGGGGAGGGGAAGAAGUGCCGCAAGGUGUACGGCAUGGAGAACCGCGACAUGUGGUGCACGGCCUGCCGCUGGAAGAAAGCCUGCCAGAGGUUUGUGGACUGAGGACCGGGGGGUGGGCACUCCGUGCCGUGAGGGGCUAAAACGGAGCCCGUCACCCACCGCUCCCACCCACCAGCACCCCCCCCCACCCCGCUCUCCAUCUGCCCUGGGCUGGGGUGGAACUUCCGGAGGCGUCCCCCCCCCCCCCGUGGACCGAGAGCCAGCCGCCCCCUCUGAGCGCGACCGCCGCGGAGGACGCCGCGUGCGGCUCUGGAGCCGCUAACCGCUAAGCGUCUUUUUUUUAUAUUCCUCUUCUCCUCUUCUCCUCUCUUUACUUGUUUCUCAAGCUCUGGUAGCGUAAAACUUUUUUGUCCGGCAGGAAGGAAUCAGCAGUGAAGCUAAACAUCAAAAAACUUUCCAUUUUGUAUGGAGAAUACCUUUUUUUUAGCUUUGGAAAGGUGUAAAACAAAAAACAAGAAAUUUAAAAAGGACGAGAAAAUCAUUGUUUUCCAGAGGAUAAUUCUUCGUAUUUUAUUCCUCUCUGGUUGACGUUGCUCCUUGUCCGUACUGUAGACUGCUACUGGGGGCGCCUCUCUCAGACUGCAGGCCCCACUGGCCCCCCCCCCAGGGAAUGUAACACAGUGUUUGGAUUUAAGUGAGAGGGAGAGUGGGAGAGCGCCCCCUAAUGGAAACAGACUGAUGCAAAAAAACAAAACAAAUGAUAACAAAGACCAGGAAAGAAGCCGAAAAAUUGACCAGCAAAUAUCCCUUGUCUCUGUCACGUUUUUCAGCUAGCGACUGCUCUCAAACACACACGCACACAUAUACAAACAAGCGUUGUUUUUAUGCGUGUCUACUGAUAAAUUCUUUUUUUUCAGGGAUAAGGUAGUAGAAAGCAAAACCAGCAGCUACAUUUAUAUAAAAAACUGUUUUCUGUGCUCUCUGGUUUAUAUAGCACCGAUAUUUACUCGCAACCAAAAAAUUGUAUUUACUUGUCUGAACCCCGCCUCCCUUCACUUUUCCUCUUGUCAUUGUUGAGUGGUGUGUUUUUGUCACAGUAACUAUUUCGAACAACUGAAAUGUUGUGGAAAAUGAAGACAAAGCAAACUUCCCGGCAAUAAGAAGGUCAUCCGUAAAAAGGCCACUUUUUUGCCACCAAAAGGGUGACCAUCCUCUGGGUCAGUCCUACCGUUAUUGAAUUUAGACGGGCUGUGUUUUUCCACUCUGCACAGACAAAACAGGAGUCAUCAACUGAAAUUCUGUUUUUCAGUUCUAAUAAUGUUCUUUAUCAGCUCACAGUCUUCACCACAACAUAGCGGUUUCACAGAGUAGAUCUGUAGGAGAUUAGUAUCUGUACGCGGAAGAGCUUAAUACCUGUACCCUGAAGAGAACCUCUGCCCUUCUGUGAUUCUACUUGUAUUAUUUUGUGUACUAUAGACUUCAAAAUAAGCUAAUCCUAUCCAAUGCAAGAAAUUAUAUCGCAGGUCUCGAUUGCUUCGCUAAGCAACUGUUGAACUUUGCACACCAGAGAGGUUUAGAGAAUCUGCGAUGCUUUUAUAGAAGAAAUCCAUGAGGGGAGCCAUACCUUUUUUUUCCAGUACUGAUAAGCUUGACUGCGAUUAGUAUUAAAAUAAUAAUAGAAAACGUUAGGAAUUUUAUGUAUGCUUUGUGAAAGCAUGUAAAAUCGGCGAUUCAUGGUGAGGUCGUGUGUGACCUCUGACCUCACGAGCACUUACUCCACCGUGUCCACUCGGCUUGUCUCAUUCUGUCACAUGGCAGGGCCAGCACGGAACAGGAAGGACCUGGGAAACCGUUAGCACUUCAGUCACAUGCUUUCCUCUGUAGUUGUAUUGUGAGGGCCACUCUGCACUUGGCUCUCACGUGGCUCACUCUGGCUGCGCUGCGUGCGUUUCGGUUCGGUGUGUACGCCGUAGAAACCGAUGGCGUGAAAAAGACCAACCGCAUCGUUGCAACCCUGCUGUGAACCUGGCGCCCUGCCCAGGUCAGGUGAUUCCACUGGUUAUUCAGAUGGUCUUGCCACAGGACCCAGAUUAUGAAGAAAAAAAGACAUUUGGAUGCUCAUGAUGAACAUUGGAGUUUGGCCAUUCAUCACUGGCCUGAAAUUUUGUCAAAUAGAUGAAAGCUGGGCAGGACUAGUUUAUAUAUUCUGCAGUUUUCUUGGGCCCAGAAGUUGUUCUGUUAUUCUUUGAACUAUUCUUUUUUUAUCCUUUACUUUGAGCAGUAUGAUAUUUCUAAAAGUGUGUUUCCCUGAUCUUGUUUAAAAUUUUAAGUUUUCUCCAAACUGAAUCUGAAACUUGUUCUAGCUGAGCAAGCAUAGAUCACAAAGCCAGUGUGGGUGACUAUUCCUCUAGCAUGCAGUAUAACAAUGUAAUUUGUCUUUUUAAAACUCUAUUGCAGAACACGCACACACACGCACGCUCCCACACACACACACACACACGUAUCUUUUAAGUAAAAGUUAGAUUUAUCCAUUCACCUAAUUAUUCAUGUUUAUUAUCCUUUUUGCACAUCUCGUUUUACCAAAAUGGCAAAGCUUGCAAGCUAGAUUCCUGAAAUAACUGUGAAAAUUGGCAUUAUAGCACAGGAGCUCAUUUGAAAGCAGCAUGCCCAUAAAAGAGCCUGUAGGAGAAGUAUUUGUGCUUGCCCUGGUCUUGGGUGAGCUGUGAGCUCACGCCCCAGAUGCAGUGGAACUGUGUCUUGGGUAGCCCUUGUUUGACCUUACGUAGGAGGGCAGCCGGUUUUCCUACGUGUACAUCUAUAAAGGAGUACCAUAAGCUAAUAUAUUUUUAUUUGAGAUCUUAAAAUAACUUGUAGUCCCACAGACCUCGUUUCAAAUAAAUAAUUCAAAGGAGAUAUAACGCAAAGUAAUGAGAGGCACCCUAGUGAAGCAUCACACACUUGCAUAGAGCACGGUUUUAUGUGUUUUGGUCUUGAGAGAAUUCAAAUUCAACAGAAAAAAAUCACCCAAACAUUUGGAAGGGAAGAAAAUGAGAUGUUUCUUUUUCCCCCCUGGUAACAGCCAUGCAAACCAUAAACAAAUCCGUUUCAGAAAACGAUUUUAGUGCAUUAAGCUAAUUAACAAUGAAAGUGAGCUAGCAGCGGCACACGGUUCAUUGGCUGCCCGAGGCCCUUGCCCGCUGCUUUGCCUUGUCCGUCACCCCUGUGUCACGUCGAAUUGAAUCUCAAAAGUUGAUAAUCGAAGUAACGCCAAGGCUCGACAGCGAAGGUCUGUGUGAUGCGGUAGUGAGGGAAAGGCCGAGGUGCUUGGCUUCACGUGUGGCAGUUAUAUUCGAAGGCAGCCAUCUCCCCAUCUGAUGCAGCAUGCAGGAGAGGUCUCAAGGAAACACUUUUGGUGGCCUCCCUCUUUCUACCCUGGAGCCAUUUUAGAAUGACAGGCAGAGAAACGACACCACUUGUGAAGUCUGGGGGAAAAUCCAUAUUUUUUUUGCGGAUUCUUAAUGACUUGAUAGAACAUUACCACAGGCAAGGAUUUGAUUAGUAAUAUAUUUGCGCUCAGUUUUAAUGAAUUGUCAUGAAACUAACAGAUGGGUUCUACAAACAAAAACACUUUCUCGAUCUUAAUGGAAGCCUUGUAGCCAGAGUUUUACCAUUGAUGCUUGUUGACAGUGGCAUUUUAACCAAGACCAAGCUAUUCUGGAUAAUAUUGUGAUGCUUUGGCAAUAGUAGCUACAUUCUUUCUUAGGAGUCUGGGCCAUCAGUGUGGUAAAGUUAUUCUGGAAUUCACCUCUGUUAUGCCCCACACAUUCACAGGACACACCCUACCCAAACUGUGGUGUCCAAGCCACUGGAAUGGGAUGCCUGUGGAAUUGGUGCUUUGCUGGGUAGAACCAUAGUAUCAAAGAUGUCAUUGACCUCUUCCCCAAAAAUGUUUUAUGAAUGUGCAUUAUUAUUUCCAGUACAUACAAAUGCAUGCCUCGUCUAUUUUUCAAUUUUUUAGUCCUCAUUUAAACAUUCAUGCACACGCUACACACACACACACACACUGUUAAAUUUCACCUCAUGAUUCCAAAUUCAUACAGAGCUGUAAAAUCUACAAAAAUGGUUUUGUGGGCUCAGAAAUUGAAAAUUUGAGGGUAUCAAAAAAAUGUAUUAUACCUCUGAGAGUGAACUUUUCUUACUCAGUUUGGCAAUGUGAGGAUUUCUUCCUGUUACUAGCUAGCUGUGGAAUUGGCUGUCUGCCUAACAAACAAAAAAAAAACAAAGAAAAAUAUUUACUUUUGUUUUUUAAUUUUUUAACCCCAUGUAUUUAUAAAACUGGUGUUUGCUUUAGAUCAUGUGAUAUAAUCCAUUAUAGUCAUUGCAGCAUAAAGAUGCUUGACGGAAUCCCAAGCCCCUGAUAAAAUGUUGCGUUUUUUUAACCGGGCAUGAAAACAUUUAAUUCCCUUCAUCAAUGCGCACAACCAAGAAGCUAAAACGGAAAAGCAGCGUCAAGGAGCCUCCAUUAAAGUGUGUUAACGUAACAAACCGAUUUAAACACUCCUUUGCAUUCUAACACUGAGAAUGCAUGCUUUGGAAUUCAUUAGAGACAGCAUUUAAUUUCUGUUGGUUUGUUUUGUUUUUUAACCACCUGCCAAGUGUUUGCCUGGCUGGACACGAUAAACAAACAAAAGCACUUUUAAAAAGCCUGAAGCAAAUCAAAUAAGUAGACAAUAGACUAUUUGACCAAGUUACAACCAAUUGUAUUUUAUACCGCAAAGCUAAUUCGGUCCCAAAACUGCCGUGAAUCACAGAAAGCAGCGCACAUAAAAAGGAGAGGGCAGUUGAUUUUUACGAUUUUGAUUUAUUUAUUUGAUUUAUUUUUUCGAAGGGAAGGGAGGGCAAAGCUAGGUAGAAAAACAUCUCCAGCACCGAGUCGCUGAGUAAAUCGGCGCGUUGUGAUUCUGUCAAAUCCUCCCUCUCUCUUUGAAGACUGGGCGGCGGUAUGAGGUGAGCCUUAUUAGAUCGGUGGUGUGCAAGCCUGGCUUGAGUUCUGCCUAGCCCCAGCGGGCGGCCUCCGGCACUCGCUGUGUGUUCCCUGCAUUGAGAACGGCGAAGCCUUUGUGCGCGUUUCGAAUCGACAAACAAUGGCGCCAGCAGGUGGCCGCGGAGAAAUCUCUGUAAAUACGCUGCCGUGCGCGUGACUGGACUGUACUCAAGAAGAAGCAUCCCAUGACACGCACAGUGGUCAGAGGUGGAAGUAGGGUUGCCAGAUUUACAAAAAAAUAGGCCAAACCGGGAAUCAUGCACACCCACACACAGGCGACAUAGAGCAACUUUAAGCUUGAUUGCACAGUGGAGGAGAGGAUGCUGUCGAUAAAUGGGGGGAAGUUAAGAAGGGGGUGAAACGUGUAACACUGAAAACGGAUGCCAUGCCACACUAACGGUCAAAUUUCAACCAGUUGAGUUAUUCAGACCGGGAAUAUAUUGUCCGUUUAGGACAACGAACUGGACCUGAAUUUGAAAACCUGACAUUUCGGUCCGUUGUCUGGCAACCCUAGGUGGAAGUGAGGCGAAUUAGAAGGUCGGUGAUUAACUAGGAAUCCACCAGAGCACUGUGAGGGAAAUGUUCGAAAUGACCAGCGGCAAAUUCCUUAUUUAAAAUUCUUAAAAUUUUGUUUUUCUUUUGAGGAGAAUAUAGUGGUCAGCUGUUCAGAUAAUUGUCUGGAUUCCUGCUUUCAGCAACCACCAGGAUGCAGUCUUUAAAGUUGGUUCUGCUGUGAAACUUAUUCAUGAAGCCCAAAUAAUCAGUGGAAGUAUGAAGUGCCUCAUAGGAGUCUGACAUUUAAGAGGAGUUCUGUGAUGUCACAAAAGAAAGCAGGGGUUUCCUUCUUUGGGAGUGUUUCCAUGGAGCAUGUGAUUAUCGACAGGGCGCGUCUUGAAUGCUCCUCCCGAUAACUGAACUUUUAUGGGGUUUUUUAGUCAUUUGUCUGAAUGGAGGCUUCAGGAAUGUACGGGGAAAUAGAGGAGUCUGUGCCUUGGUGAUGUGUGACUGUGUUGUAACGCACAGGAACAAAAGAAUGUCUCUGGUGUUGGCUGGUAUGAGUUCUACGUUUUUCUGUCGGUACCCAAGCGAAAAUGGGGAGACCUUUUCCAUGCUUUGUGUACAAAAGGAUCUGCUCUUUACUUAUCAUCCUGGGACUGGGUCGUUUGAACCAAUCAAAGGUGAUGGAGUCUUUUCCCCCAACAUUACCGGGUUUCAAUUCUCUGUACAAUACUCUUGUCAUUUUUGUUGUCGUAUUCUUUCUGGUUUUCCAAUCUUUAGAUCACCCCUUAAGCGAGAUUCAUAGACUUAGAGCACUUAUGUACAAAGAACACUGCUAUACAAAUACGCUAUUGGAAACCUCAGCCAAUACAGCACUUCAUCUUUGGGAAAACCAGGAAUUCCUUCUUAUUUUUUAUUCUUUAUUUUUUGGAAAAACAAAGGGUUAAACGAGUGAGAUCACCCAUCAGAUCCAGGGAACUUGAGAUAGACUCCCACAGCAGGAGUAUGAGUCCUUCAUUCAUUCAUUUACCUGUGGCGAAUACAAAAAUUCCCUCUGUAGUUUUUCGGUCAAAUGAACAGCAGUUCCUCACUGUGUCCAAAAGUGAUAAUUGGUCCGUGCCUCAGCCCCCCAGGAGUCGGUGUGAUUUUGUGACUAGGGGGGUUUCAGGGAUGGUCCCUGGGCUGCGGCUGCUGGGUGCAGUUUUGACUAUCCCGGAAAUUUGGGCUUUCUUCACGUGGGAUCAAAUGUAGGCAAGAGUUCCGCUUGGAAACGGCCUACACACUCAGAAAUGAUUCUGCUGUGAGGGAAGCCACAGGCCUGUCAACUCAGGCGAGUGCCCCUCAGUCGAUGUUCUGUUUUCAGACACCGCCAGCGUUGUGGGUGGGAGCAGCACCUGACUAAUGGCCGGGGAAGCGUCCAUUUUGUAAACGGGUCGGUACGUUCGGUUCUUUUCUACAGGAGUCGUACAGCGGUUUUCCCUCAUCAAUGUGAACAUUAGCGAUACCGAUAAAAGUCUGAAAUCUGCACGGGGAAGUCUCAGCGAUGGGUUAUCUCACUCUUCUCAACUUAACGACCGUGUUAACCUCAAGAACUCAACAACUGUCGCACUGGAUUUUUACACUUUUACUAAUAUCCUACAACUGAACUGUAUUUUUCAUACUUGCAUGUGCAUGCAAAAAAACCUAAUUAAUAUAUAAAUGUGUAUAUUGUGAUGUGAUGUCCAUGAAACAGGCAGAAGGCAGGCAAUAAUCAAAAUGGUUAUUUUGGGGACGUGGAGGGGUGCAGUCAGUUGUGAUCCCAUUCCAUUGCACUUAAUCUUCCAGUUCACUUUAGCAGAAGAAGACACCCCCAUGUUAAGUUGAAGCUUACUGCGACCAUUUUGUGCAAAAAGGCUGAAACUGAUCCAGGGUCGAUGUUCGUGAGGAAGAAUCUCUCUGAACAGCUUGGCUCCUCCUCCCCUGGAGAUGGUGCUGUCCGAUUGGCUGGCUGCUCUCCUGCUGCACUGUCGGUUCUGGGCACUCAGCCAAAGGGUUCUGCAGGCAUUCUCUCCUGAGAGACUGUUGAUCUUUAUGCUAACACAAUACAGGAAGUGUGAGCCUUUUUUAUUUUAUGGUAAGGUUCCACUAAAGGAAAGUUCCAUUGGCUCUUUGCGACAAACGUUAAAAGGACAAAUUGCCUGCAUUCUUCCUGCACCGGGACCCACAGUGAUGUUUUUAUACGUUUGACGCUUUCCUAUUUUAAUGUCUUUUUGUGUAAGAGGCAAGCAACUCUUUGUAACAUUCCUCACAUUGAACAGUAUAUUGUACAACGUUGAAGGAGCCACUGGGGGAAGGAACGCUUUACACUACAGUAUACUGUGUUCUAAAGGAAAACUCAGGACGUUUUGUCAAUACAGGCGACCGUUGGCAGGGAGGUGGAGAAUGUGAAUUUGAAGCCAUAACUGACCGUGCUGUGCAGGGAUGCCCAACUCCUGGCCUUCUCGUCCAAGCGCUCGGUAAAAUGUUCAGUGCUAAAUCAACUCUCACAGUGUACAUAUGGUCCCAACUGGACUCGUAUUUACUCCGUUAAGAGUUGAAUUAACACUGGACAUUUUACUGUGUGGGAUUCUCUGGGUGCUCUCUCAUGCUACCAGCUGGAAUAAGGACUCGGUUCACCCAGUCCAACCGCACACACUGAUCUGUUUUAGGUGUUGAAGGGCCGGCUGGGGUGAUGACAGAAGCGGGUUUUGGGCGCAGGAGUUGAGCACCCCCUAGUCAAGGAAAAUGGUGUAGCGGGGAUCUUGAGAUAUCAGGAAAUUGCAUAUGUUAGGGUGGUCACUCCUCAAACACUGUCAGAUCCAGACACAGUUUACCUUCAGAAGCCUUGCUACCAAGGUCUAACUCACUUAUUUGGUUCCUCUGCAUUUGUCUGUAGUAUACAUUUGGUUAUGCACUUAAAACUUUUUCUAUCCUUUUAAACUAUUGAACACAUUACAUAAGAAGUGUCCAGGUAUUCAAGACACUCCAUGUUUUUUUUGUUUGGAGAGGAAGAUGUGCAGGAUUGUGAUACCUGCAGAUCCCAUCUCACGACUCAACCUCAAGAUUUAUCUCCAUUCUCAUUCCAGUCCGAGUUUCCCCCCCCCCCCCCCCCCAGCGUGUUUAUACAUGAUUUGAUGAAGUCCUGUAUGGGUCCACAUUACAUUAAAAGGAGUAGAUGUUCUGGCUAUGUGAGUAGCUAGAGAAGCAAAUUUUUUGAGUAAAACCUAGGGUGUAGAUUAGGUUGCAGACAUUACAAAUAAAAAUAUGAGAGGACUACCCUAGUGAAAGACAUUUUGAAAAUGACCGUAUCAACCCUCUGCGAGAUAACCCAGCUCUCACAGAUCUGAAUUUGUGUCGAUGUGAAGGAAUGAAGCAGUCAUAAACCUGUAGAGCUCUGGCUAAGCCUGGGCAGCUUUAGAGGUCACCUUAUCCCCGUUUCUCUGCUAAAACGGUUUGACCCUCUCCCUGGGUACAUCCCUGAUUCCGAAUAUCAAGCAGCAAGCAUGAUUUUUACAAUUAAACAUGAAACAAUAUACAUCAGCUGGACUAAAUCAUAUAGCAUUUUUGUGUGUCCUUUUUAUUUUAAUAAAAACACAUUUUAAGAAAAUGUAAAGCAAUCUGGACCCUUAAAGACAUGUAAAGCUUUGUAAUUCUAUGGGCUGGCUGGUAUAUGUUCAGCCUCUUAAACCUGUGGAUUAGGUACAGACUGCUAUAGAAUUCAUUUCAUAUCUUACAUAAGCCAAGUGUUUUGAACUCCUGCCAUGGAAGGAAAUGAUCAUUCUCCACAGAAUUGAUUUUCAGAGCCAGUCUUUCUCCAUAGUAUGUUUCUGAGCCCUUAAUGGGGGUCUUGUCUGUUGAGCGCAGUCUUCGUCAUUGCGGUCAGUUGGCUUUCUAUCCCAGAAAGAAAGCAAAGGGCUUCCAUACUGCUGGUCACACAGAAGCGGCCCGGGGCUGCUUCGCAGGACUAGUUACACGCAUCCGUCUGUCCUCACGCUCGUGUCCUUCGUUUCCACGGGUCUACACCUCCGGUAAAAUCAUCCCUGUCCAAUCACUCACUCGAGCGGCACAAUCACCCGCCUGGGUUCAGUGCGUGCGAUUCUCACACGCACACACACACGCACACACACACACGCAGAAUACCUCAGUCUACUAAGUCUGUAACGCUCUUUAGUCCAGCAGACACACUGGGUCCGGAUAGCAGCGCUGACAGUGUUUGAGUCCGUGUCCUUUUCAGUGAUUCAGGGUUGUACUGCAAUACAUCACACGUCGUGUACAGAGCGCACUCGCCACACGCGGUGUCGCACGCGCCAUCUCUCGAUGCACCAAUAAAGUUUUUAUUUUUUGAUUUUACUUCGGUUAUUUCUACUAUUGUCAUUUUAUGCUUUAAAAAUAAAUGUUGAUUUCUUUCUCGAAAGGAUCAAAACCUGGUGACUGUUAACUCUUCAUAUGCUGGCUGUUCUAGUUAUCAGAGCGGUGUAUAUAGAUAUAUAUAUAAACUGCCGUGGUGUCGUACAACGCUGACGUUGUCUUCCUGGUGCUUGUAAGUGCAGCUGUUGUCACUUCCUUUUUUGUGUAAGACCCCCUCGAGGGUUUUCUGUGUUAACUAUGAGCUCCUGGAGAUCAGUCACUGAGAAUAAAGCCUUUUGGCAGUUGUUUACUAUG